AUGUCGAACGUGGCGGUCAUCGCUGUUGCUGCUGCCGCUCUCGUGCUGAUGACCGCCGAAACAGUGGCGGCGGACGGCGGCAGCGGCGGUAGCGGUAGCGGCGGCGGUGGCGGUGGCGGCGGUGGCAGCGGCGGCGAACAGCAACGCGGCGCGACCGCUGCCGCCGCCGCUGACCGUCAAGACAUGACAAACGACGAUAACUCCCCGCGGACGCCGUCCGCCGUACAAUGUACGAGCUGCCUGGCUCACGAGGGCAUCAAGUCGCUGAGCAUCGAACUGAUCAAAGCGUCGAUACUGAACAAGCUGGGCAUGCAGCGGCCACCGGAGUUCGGCGAUCGGCGGCCGCCCAAGGUGCCCACCGACCUGCCGCCCUUACAGGACCUCAUGAAAAAGUACAACACCGACCGCGACGGUUCCGUCGUGGUCUUGCCGCACAUCCGGCACAAGACGUCGCGUCACUACGAGGCGCCGAGCGGCGUCGCCGAAAUGCAAAGCGACGAGGCUGCGACAGCGGCGUCCGAGAACACCAGCAACAACAACAGCAACAACAACAAUAACAACAACAACAACUACUACAGCGGCGGAAACGGCGGCGGCGGUGAUGACGAGGAGGACGAUUACCACCUCAAAACGCACAAGCUAAUAGCGUUCGCACAGAUACGUAAGUGCGCAUACCGACUCGUAAUUAUUAUUAUUAUUAUUAUUAUUAUUAUUAUUAUCAUAAUCAUCAUCAUCAUCAUCAUCAUCAUCAUCAUCAUCAUUAUCGUUGUUGUACAUAUCAUUAUAGUUUAUAUUAAUCGAUAAAUAAUACGCGUGACAAAGGAGGCGGACCCCGGGAACCGGUACCGAAUACUUACAAUUUCGUCAAAACCGGGCGAGUUAUUUAAUUUCGGUAACCGGGUUGGGUCAAAGUUAUUGUCUUACUCGAUCGGUAUUUAAACGAGUCACGGCGUACAGUACGAGUGAAAAGUACUAGUCACUGGGUACCGCGCUAGUUAUAAACUAUUGUAUUGGUCAACACUGCGUACAAGUUAAUCGGGGGGGGGGGGGUGAUGAGGGAGUGUAGGGGGAAAGUCACUACCGAGCGAAUAAUACUAAUCGCGCGGGUUGAAAAAGAAGAAAUACGCAAAAUAGUAUAAAAAAAGUUAUUAUUAAUUGAUUUUCGACAGUUAAAUUUUUUAUAUUUUGGAGUAAAAUUAAUUUUUUUUUAAAUUUGUUGAAGUUUUCAUCAUACAAAAAGUGUCGAUGGGUGUUUUGUUUCUUUCUCAUCAUAGUGAAAAAUCUAACCAUUUAGAUUCCGAGUGGAGCGGAGAAGCUUAUGGUUUUACAAAGAUGUUUAUUUUUUUUUAUUGUGCACAACUUUUCAACCAGCUUUUACUUCGACUUAUAAUAAUAGCUAUGUUUUUUAUAGGGAAUUUCAUUAGGGCGGUACCUCUAGAGAGGUAAUUUUGCUAUUUUCCCGAGAGUUUUUCCAACAAAUGUGAAAACACGGGAAAAACGUAGGAAAACUUGAAAAAUCGGUACAACAUUAGACAAAAAUUGUUAAAGACCAUCUACAGAGCCUAUUUAAUUAUUUUAUUAACAAAAACGACACAGACACAUAUUGUUGACGAAGCACCACUGUCCAACCGAACUCCGCUCAGCAGCGUUUUUUCGUGAGCAAUGGUUUACCGUUGCUUGGCAUCGAUGGGUGCACAUCAAAUAGAACAGCGGCUACACCCGUCCCCAUCAUUCUGAAACGUAUUUGUAUUUGUAUUUGUAUUUUUUUUCUUCGCUUAUUAGUGCCCACGAUACGAUACGGUUCUGUUCAUCCGGGCCCGGCGUUUUUGGUCGGUCGCUAUUUAUAACGCGUGUGCCUGUAAUGUUAUGUUUCCCGCCUUGGCCGCCGUCGAAGAUUUUCACGGUCAAACGAACCGGCCCCAGUCCGCCGCACCGCCGCCGCGUGCGUCUUGUGCGGGCGCGUGCAGCGUAUGAUAACAAUUAUCAGGUGCGCCGUUUAUGCCUGGCGACGGCCGGCGUGUUUGUCGCGUUAUAUCGCUACACUGUUGAUCAGAGGCGCCGUGUGCGGCGGUAGGGGGGGCUCUGGGACUGCAGCCCCCUACCGCGAGCUCGAUGAGACCGGCGGUCGUCAUUAAACGCACGCUUUCGGAUAAAAAAAAGAAAAAAAGAUCGCCGUUCAAGACCGCACACGCUUGUAUGCAUAGUUUUCCCGAAAUGUGAACAGUAUCGUUUACCGCACGCGUUUGAUUUUUUUUUUUGAUUUUUUUUCGCUUUCCAACUAGCGUUUCGAAAUCAAAUUUAAACGAAAAUCGCAAAAAAAUCACGGCACUUCAAAUUGCGUAUUGCCGAACUGCGCUCGGAAUCGUCUUUCGUUCAAGCAAUGGUUCAAUCGUUGCUUACAGAUAUAAAUGAAAUAACCUUAUGUAUCUUAACUUCCUAACUUCUCACCUAUAACAGUGGCCGUUUCAUUUUUUUUUCUUUCUAUGUAAUUCGUUUAACAUUUAUGAUUGUGGAAAUCUGGGAUUUUCAGCAGGUAAACGCCCGAAAAAUGUACGCGAAGUUCAUCGUAAGUUGGAGUUACUAUCGAGAAAAACAAUAAAAAAAAAAAACUGACGACCGUUAUGAGGAAGUUUUUCGGCGCGGAUGAGGUAUACUUGAAUCACGCGAUUUAUCGAAAAAACGACUGGGUGGGUAGGUAGUGGGUACCUGGAUGUUUAGAAACACAUUGUUGUGUUUUUACAAAACAAAAGUAGUUAGAAAAAAAGAAUGAAAUUCGAUAAAUAUCAUUAAAGACCCCCGAGGACACUCGGUUUUAUCUCGGGUUUGUAAAUUUUGCGGUAUUUUCGUAGGAAAAUUCAUUCGGCGAUUCGAGGUAAAUAUACUACCACCGCUAUGCCGUCAACGAUAUGAGCUCUUCUUCUUAUAUUUAUAUGUUUUUCUUUACUGUUACUAAGGUUCUUAAAAAAUACAUGUGUAUAUAUAGUGGCGACUAUAAUAUUAUUAGCCGGCGAGACGGUGUUACAUUUCCGAUUAUUUUUUUUUUUUAUUAAAACUGCGGCCACCUCGUGCCGUGUCUACCAGGAGACGUGCCCGACCGCGUUUCCUCGCGUGUGCGCAGAGGGGAGGGCGAUUGAGGAGAAGGGGCGGCGGCGAGAGGAUCGCAGGUGGACGACAAUAUAGAACGCGCCGGACAAAUCCACAGUUGUUUUACGCCGUGAAAUCCCGUUACUAUAAUAUUGUCAUCGUAUUAUUAUUAUUACUCCGCCGUACACGCAAUUGUUACCGUCCCGUGUCACCGUUUAUACCUAACCCGACGGCGAAUUUAUAGCCUAUCGGAGUAUUCCGUAUUUUGUAAUCGGUGCUCGGCGAUUUUUAUUAAUUUUUUUUUUUUUUUUUAUCGAUUUUUAAUGUAAUAAUCGGGACGAACCGGGAAACCCGGGAAAUUUGGCGCGCUCGUAUAUACAAGAGACUUUCGUUUCAAAUCGUUUUUCGUUACGCACAAGUAUAAAUUUUCGAAUUCUCUACUAUGUUCGACAUUCCCGAACUUUUCGCCUACAACUGUGGCCCACCCGUCGUAUGAAGUACGUCCGUCUUUUUUUUUUCAUUUUUUUCCUUUUAGACCGCGAACGAAGCGACAAACGUUUUGCUUUUACCACGCGAUGCGUGUGUUUUUUUUUUCCGGGCUGUUCACGUAAUCCGUUCUAUUCGGAUGUGUCGCACGUAAUUCAGCGACAAAUAUAAUAUUGUGUGCGUCACGCACUUCAACGAUCGUCACUCUCCGGUAGAGUGUACGGCAAACAGACCUAUUAUGCGUUUUAUAUAGGAAAACGGUUUCUCAUACGUCUCGACCGGAAUUAUGUUUGUUUUUUUUUUUUUUUUUUUAUUCGUUUCUCAAUAAGUCAUUAAUGGUCAAAAUCUAGGGAAAUUGAGUGAAACUAAAAUACGCAUUAUUUCAGUGAUAAUAAUGCGGUUAUUAAAGAAAAAUUAUUCGACUAAGAUAUAGUGAAUAGUAGAUUCUUCAAAUAUAGUUAGAGUGAUUAUGAGUUAGAUACAUGUUUUACCAUUUAAUGUUAUGGUAACAUUAUUAUCGGAGAAUCGAUUCUUUUCAUAUCGAUUUUUUGUGGAUAGAUUGUUUUGUUUCGAUUUAAAUCGAUUCACUACCAUGAGACAGAUGGCAAUGAAAACAUAUUGUGCAUUAACGAGUUUUCGAUCGAAAAUAUUUGCUGCGAAGAUCAUCAACUUCAGCGAUGAUCACUGAUUGUAGUAAAUUUUGUCUAGCUGUCACAUUUGGGGUGUUAUUUUUCGAUUUUCCGUGGUGUAUAAGUUUUCUAAGUACCGGUGUGAAAAACAGAAAUAUUUACGCCAUAACGGAUUUGUUCAUUUCUUUUUCGACUGUAAUACACUGAACUAUAGUCGAUGAGAUCCGAAACUUUUACCGAAUACUUACAUGUAUAUCAGCGUUCAGCACUGUUUAGCCGUAGUGUGAUUAUCAAAACGCAUAGCGUUAUUUUCUAGUCACCUAUUCUCUUUCGAAUUUGUUUUCUUUGUGGAAAAUCAUUUUUUUUUAUUCGCCUAUUAAGUUUAGUUUUAUACUGAAAUUCGUUAAAAAUACCUUUGUCGCAAUAAAUUAAAGUAGGUACAUACAAUGUUAAAUUAAAGUGUUUCAAAACGCACGACCAGAAUCGUUUUUUACGGCGUGGCUGUGAAAUGAUUCGAUUUUUACGUCACAUAUUAUAAGUACAUAUAUUAGUAAUAUUUUUUAUUAAUAUUUCGAAAAAAUAUACGAACAGUGUUUUUUUUUUUAUUAUUAUUAUUCUGACCGUGGCGAGAAAUGUAUUGUUUUUAGUUUUCUGCCAUAUGAUUUCGAUUUUAUUUUCUGUCGGCGAAUAACUUUUCAACCAGAAAUCUUGCUCCGAUCAUCCAACACCCAGGGACGGUUUUUGUAGAAAAUGUUUGAUUGUUGGCUUUUUUUUAAUGGUAUUUGUAGCCAUCCUAAUAAUCAGGAGCACCCUUGUCGGAGAAAAAUAGGAAAAUUUUACGGCAAUAACAGUUAAAGUUAUUUUGUCUAUUUUUUUCGUCAUUGUUAAAAUAAUCGUAGAGACCCGAAACGUUUGGCGAAUAGACAUAUUUACUAAUAUCGGAAUAGAAAACAACAUUUCAAUAAACCGAGAUGUACACUCGGGAACUCUGUGUGUACUGAACUUUUCUUUCUUUGUUUGUUUUUUUUUUUUCCGGUUUAUUUCGCCGAAGUCGAUUUUGAUGCAUCACUACGAAAACGUCCAGUUCCACCCGCGCCGAAAACCCGACGUAAUUUUCGAGCGAAUAAUUUCGCGAAAUAAAAAUGCAUUCGUGUACCUAUGAUAAUAAUAAAAUAACCGUGAACGGGAACGUCGCAUUACAGGAGGUCUUACGCGCGUAGAUAAUAAUUGACCACAUGCUUAAUAUAAUAAUAAUAAUUCCGUAAAGGUAAUUCGACAACGCACGUGUGCAACAAAUACGAGUAUAUAUGUGUGUGUGUACAAGUAAUAACAAUAUGUCUGGGGCUGGCUCAGACAGGCUAAAUAUGAUAAAAAAAAAAAAAAAACGACGACGAAUAAACCGUCUGAGUCGAUUCCGGGAUGCUCGUAUUUCGUCUUAAUAAGGGUGAAGCUCUAUAAUUUGCUCCGUCUGUCUCUCCGGCGUGUCCGUGUACGAAUUUUCAGGGUUGCUUAAGUAAUAUACACCUGUAAUAUAAUAAUAAUAAUAAUAAUAAUAAUAAUAUAAUAUUUAACAAAAUGCACCGCGCUGUUACAUAACGGCCGAUAACUUGAAUAUAAUAUGUAGAAAUGCGGGUAUACAAUCAGGGGUACAACACUGCAAUGCUAUGCGUCGUUCGCGUUCCUAUUUUAUUAUAAUUAUUAGAGACCCGAUUUAUCAUGUUCUCAAAUAAUCCACGAAAAGACGCUUUAAAAUAUUUAAAAAAAAUCCCCGAAAAAAGCGUUUACAGACAUUUAAAAAAAAGCAAAAUGGAUAGAAGAGUUUAAAAUAAGUCUCCCCGCUAAUGACUCUAACACAACAAAAUCGAUUCACGCAAAAUAAUUUCUUUUAAAACAUAAAAUCGUGCGUAUUAAAAAAAAAAAAAAGGACAGACAUACUUCGCCACUGUUUUAGGUGGGAAGUCGGGAAUGUAAGAUACAGCCGGGAAUUUAUUGUACAUCUGUAAGCAACGAUAAAUUAUUGCUAACGAAAAAACGAUUUUAAGCGGAGUUCAGUUGACAGUGUUCCUUCGUCAACAAUAUAAAUGUAAUAUUAUGGUAAAAUGGUUACGACAAUGUGCGUUUCUAUGACAACAAUGAUUGUUAAAAAAGGUUUUGAAAUAAUACAAAUUAAUACGAAAAAUAAAUAUAAUCGGUUGCCAAUAACAACUUUAUUUUUAAUCUCUGGUUUUCGUCAUUAUUUCGAAUAUUAAUGAGAAUUUCCAAAAAAUAACUCCACUAAAACACCGUCCAGUGAACAUUUCCUUUGAGAAAAGGUGCUAUACUUGAUAAUGACAGGUAGACAAAGUGUUCACAAAAAAAAAAAUAAUAAUAAUAAUAAUAAACAUCAUUGUAAAACCAACACAUUCCUCGCUUCAAUCAUAAUCUAUAAAAAAAAAGGGCCAAUUUUAUUAAUCAUUUUUGAAAUGUUAGACAAUUUUCUUUACAAGUUAAAUCCGUUGUUAGACGGGGAACUUUUAAACCCGUCUUUUAUUUUAGCAUUUUUAAAUAUAUUUUUUUUUUCAAGAAUGUUUUUUGCGACGUUUUCGAGUGAUUUUUCGUGGACUUUAAGACCAUAUAAAUCCGGGCUCUAAUCACAAUAUUUUCAAUUAUGUAGGAAUAGGAAAACGUAUCGAUUGAUACAUUCGUCCGCGCGAGUUUAACGCACCCGGCGGCGUCUCGGCGGACGCGAAAUUUUUCGUAUAAUUCGCGUAAUAAAACACCAACGUACAUUUCUAAAUAAUAAUAAUAAUGUUAUUAUUAUUAUUAUUAUUAUUAUAAUUCAUUCCGGUUCGCUAUUCCGUACCGUGUAAAAGUAUUAUUACGGCGGCCGUGCGGUUCUGCGGAUUCUGCGAGCCGCGCGCAUAUUAUGCGCGCUCGGAUAACUGCCGCCGCCGCGCGUGCAGACUGCGGGCCAUAGACGAGAGGUCAACGAAUCCACUCGUACGGCCGGCGAAGUUUUCGCGCUAAAUACGGUAAAAUAUUCGGCGCGUAUAGGUAAAAACGUUCGUCCGGUCCGUACGGGGCCGAGUCGGCCCUACACUACGGCGAAACGUUACGUGCCCGCAGUUCGAGUAUAACAGAGACGAAUAAAACGCGACGGAAACGCAAUAUUAAAUAAAUAUUGUAAUAAAAACGACCGAAAAUACUAAAAAAAAAAAUGCUCUAAAACGUCAAGCUUGAAAAACAUUGAAAAAAACAAAACAAAAAGGCAAAAUAAAAGUUUUACCUUUGAAAUCUCUGCUACACGAAUCAAACCAUGUACUUGGAAAUCAUUGCCUAAAAUUGCUGAAAAAAAAAAAAAAACGCAUUAUACAUUGAAAUCCGGGCGCUCUACUUAUAAUAAUAAUGUUACAACGAAUUAAAAACGAUCGGUCAGCGAAUCGGAAACGAACGAGUCUCCGACUUUAUCGGAGGAAUCGGAAGACCGGAAAUCGUAUUGUAUAGAUAACAGUUUUCCUUCGUUUGCAUUGCUAUGCAAUUCUAAAACCGUUUUUGGCCCGAGAUGCGCGGCAGGAGAGUUCAACCGUUUUGGGGGUUUUGGCGAACAGAGCGGUCGGAGCGAAAGCGUUUUGUAAAACGUUUCGGCGACGCUUUGGAUUCUCAGAGGUCUCUACGGAGAGUAUUAUUUGCAAUUUCGCAACGCCAAACGGAGUCUCGGUUAUUUCGGGGGUAUGAAAUGCUCGAAUUCCAGUAGUGUCGGAUGGUUUGGCCCACACGUGAAUCAUCGAAGUGUAUAAAAGAAAAAAAAAAUCGUUUAAUCCAUUAUAUCGAUGGAUAUCUGCAUUUAUAAUUUAUAGUGAAUUAACGAGUCGAUUUCUUUUUUUGCUCCCCCCUCCACUUUUUCGGUCAGUAAAAUACUCGGAUAUUUUCACACCGUGGAUACUACUAUAAAACACGUCGAAUUUCCGCACGGGUGGUACUUUACCAGACAAGUUUUUUUAGAAAUUCCCGACUAUUCGACUAGCCCCCUAGAUUCGAAUUUUUUUUUCUUAUAAAACAUAAUAUUUUUGUUAAUAAAAAUCAUCCGAAUCGUUUACAUCGUGCCGGUAAAGAUGCGGAUUUCUCGGCCGCAGCAGUGCUUUAAUUGAAAACAUAGUUUUUCCAAAAAAAAAAAAAUAUCGAAAAACAGACAACAGAUGGCAUAUCGACAGUACGGCUUUAAAAUUUUAGAAUUUCACGAUAUACUUUGGUAAACAACACAAUUCGCUUUCGACUACGGCCCGUCGUCGAACGGCUCGGCUAAAAUUGUACAGCACCCGGAGCGUAACGCGAGCGUCCUCCCCGUCUAGUCUGUGCGCUGAGGUCAAAUUUUUUUCCUAAUCAUCUGUCCUCGGAGUGUACUAAACAAUCGGGUAAAAAAAAAAAAAAAACCACGGGAAAACCGAGAAAACGCACGGCGAACAGCUAACGGUUUCUCCGUUUUCGAUUCCCUACUGUCCGGUCGCCGUCCGCGUACCUGAAUGUACAAUGCGUGUAAAAUACGCACUGCGCAUACGUACGCACGUCGUUUUUUUACGACGCGUAACACGUAUUUGUUAUUUAUCAUUUCGUCUGAACGUCGUCGCGUGACGCAUCCCGUCGUCGGAUGAUUAGUUGCUGCUGUGACACACAGGGUACAAUAAAUACCGCGAUGCCGAUAUCGCUUACUAUUAUUCUCUCCGCCGGACGGACGCAUUGUUUGUCCGCGUGCGUGUGGGACGUGCGCACGCGUUUGCCGUACGGACGUAAUAAAAACGCGAGGUUGAGGUUUUUUAUUUUUUUUUAUUAUUUUUUUUUUUUUUUGUUUCUGUCGGAACGUGGUGCCCGAGGCACGGAUAUAAUACAGCGUACGCUUUACAUUCAAGGUGAAUUUUUCGUCGCGAUCUAGGUAGUUUUCGAGUACCGAUCGGUUUUUCGGGUCGUUUUGCCCGUCGUCGUAACGCCGUUAUGGCCGAACGAAAUAUCAGACGGAAUUCCGGAGAUUGAUAACCCCAUACCCUAUCGCCUAUAAGCAAAAGACAAACCCACUCUGAGCGACGUCCUUUGGGUCGCGCUGAAUCAGAAAAUCAAUAUACAAAUGAUCGGAACGAAAAAAUCACUCCGUAUCACAGGCGUAGGAAGCGGGGUGGGGGGAGUCCAGGGGAGAAAAAACUGCACUCGUUCGGUAUAUUAAAAAAAAAAAAAAAAAAGGCGUAACGAGAAAAUCUUUAACCGCGUGCUCGUUUUCGAGGAAAGCUGUAAGAAAUGUCGAGGGGACUGGUGGAUAUUUUGGUGGAAGGGGCUACAGUCCCGUAGACCCCCUCGUCCUACGCGUGUAUUCUGCUUACGACGCUUUGACGCGGCCGUCACGGUACUCAGUGCCGUAGUUAGGUUUUUUUUUUAGGGGGCGAUACGACCAAAAUCGUUUGCACAUUUAAGAACCAAAGGAACAACCCUAGGAUAUCUGUCCAUUUGGCUCCCCCUCUUGUUAUCAUACUUUUCUAGUUUCCGUAAAGUGCACUCUUAUAUGCCAUGAUAUUACGUAAAACUGUACCAACAUUUAUAAUAAUAUAUUAUACAUUUGUUUUCAUAACAAGUUAGAUGACAAAAUAAUAUCCAUUCUUCGUGGUUUCUUGAGAUAUUUCAUCCAACAUUUCUACAUUAAUUUCAAUAACUCGAUGAACGCUUCACGUCGCUAAACCAUUUAGCCUCUUCUAAAACGUUAAAAAUAAAACAUUACGAAACGCAUAGGUUAAUGUAGUAUUUCGGUAUUACUUUGGGUGUCUACUUCAGACGUUGCGUACGUACGAUUUAAUCUUUUUCAAACCCGAAAACGAGAUACACGAUAUUUUAAACAGAAAAAAAAUGUGCGUGAUAGUGUCUUCGUUGAAUUUUAGCGAACCGUCGAAAUGCUGAUUUUAACGUAACGUUUCGAUUUGCAAGUCUGUCAACGGUGCCGCGUCCGCAUCGAUUUCUGGACGGGAGGGGGGUGAGGGGAAAUGCUCUGGCGGGUGAUGCAAUCAUCACCCGGAUCACCCGUGUCCCCCUACCCCGUCCCGCACCGUAAAUGCGCCACUGUCGGUAGUGUACCGGAAAAAUAACAUCGCGCGGCGAGUGAUUUGUACCGCGCGGACGGGUAAGAACCGAACGCGCGAGGGACGACGGCGGCGGCGGCGAGUACGCUCGCGCGGUAUAAUGGGAGUGCACGCCUGUAACGUGCCGACGCGUAGACCAGUACCGAACGGACAAUGCGUAUAAAAAUAUAAUAAAACGUAUAAUAUAAUAUUAUUGUCGUUUAUAUUCGCAAUACGCGUAGUGACGGCCGUUCCGAGAAACCCGGCGAAUUAUUAUCAUCGGCGGCGGCGUAAUAAUAAAAUUAUUAUUGUUUUUCCCGUCGACGACGACCGCGCGACGAGUCUAACCUGUUUUUUUGCGCGUUUUUAUUAUUGUUUUUUUUUUUUCUAUACGUUACACGUAUAUUCUGUUCGGUACGAGACAUACGGGUUUUUUUAUUUUUUUUUUUUUACCCACUACCCUCCCCCCGCCCCGCUCCCGCCCCGUCGAAUCGGCCGUGCGGCGCGUACGACUUACCUGCCUACGCGACGUCGUCGUCGCCGUCGCCGUUUCGCGUACGCACGGAACGUACCGCCGCGGCGGCGGCGGCGGCGGCGGCAGGGACGUUUCUAUACGUUAUUAACGGCGGCGAGACGUUUCCCAACAAUAUUAUUCGUGUUCAGCGACUUUCGACCGGACCGUAUUAAUAUUAUUAUUAUUAUUAUUAUUAUUCCGCAUAUAAUACAAUAAGUCAACCUAACCGUAUUACAAUCGCCGCCCGUGUCGUAUAUAUGUUUAUAUAUGUAUGUAUUCACGUGUAUAAUAUCGCAUGCGGCGGCGGCGGCGACGACGUGGGGUGGUCAAUUGGCCGUGUUGCGGUGUCUCGCGGUCGCGAGCGGCGGACGGUGCGCGCGCGCGCGGCGAGGAGACGGACGGCGGGGAAAAAACACCGGAGAAACCUUACGCGACGGCGGGCGGCCGUCCGGUGUAAUACGUGCUCGGACAAACGACGAUCGCCGCCGCCGCCGCCGCGGGCCAGCCGAUAAACUUUUGACACCGGCGGAAUGCCGCCCGGUCGCCGUCGUCUGCGACAGCAGCAAUAAAGGUCCCCGUCGUCCCGGACGCGGUUUCCCAAUCGUCUUGUUGUUAUUAUUGUUGUAUUACGCAACGGGCCGCGGCUGUGACGUUACAAUUGAAAAUUGCACGCACGCACGUGACGGCGGCGACCGUGACGAUCGCGAACGGUUUUCGUCGUCGCCCGCCGCCGCCGCCGCCGGUAUAAUAUUAUCGUAAUGCCGUCCGUCGGGUCCGGGAACCGGGGGGGGGGGGAAAUAAAUCAAAGAUCAUCAUCGCGUAGCCGUUCGAUUCCGCGAUUGUCGGGAAACCGGGCACGGCGAUUUCGUUUUCCCCGCGAGGCGCCGCGCGUUCAAUCGAAAUGUAAAUGUUUUUGGCGUGAUUGAAUCGGUUUUUUCGUUGCAAAAACGCUUUUUGUUUUUUUUUUUUUUUCUCUCUCUUUCCCUUCGCGCGCCGGGGCCCACACACGAUCGUUUACGGAACGAACUGCGCGUAUUGUGCCGAUAGGGCAAUCACGAAAACCGAACACUAAAUCUUAUUUCGAAUCCGCGUAUCCCCAGCGGGUCACGGCGCGCCCGUCUACCGAAAACUCGUUAAUUCGAUUCGCAUCAACUCGUUUUAUUUGUUUUAUUAAAUAUUCGUUUCGUCUGGUCGUGCGACGCGCGUACUCGCCGCCGGUUUACCGGAUUUCCCCGGCAAUAGCGUUCGGCGGAAUUUCAACGUUACCGGGUCGCUUUCGCCGGACACAACGCACGUUCGAUCUCAACGUUAUGAUCGGCGCACGGAUUUUAUAGCGCUGGAAAUAACUGGAAUAUGCGCUACAAUAUGUCUUGAGAAUUUUAAAAUAAGCUAUCGUGUGCCAUAAAAACGUGAAAAAUGGCUAAAAAGACAAUUUAUUAUUAUUAUUAUUAUUAUUGUUAUUAUUUUUUUUUUUUUAAAUGUAUAAAUACAACCGUAAGAAGUCAUAAAUGUAAACUGUUCGACGAGUCCAAUACGCGGGGAUACUUAAAAAUAAAUUACAAUACGACGUGAAAAUGUAGGUGUUUGUCUUACGGAUUCACAUAAACGAAACGCCUUUUCUACCAUUUACGAAAAAUACAAAAUAUUCUGGUAUAGAAAAGUUAUUCAUAAAAAAAAAACAUCAUUGUAAAACCAGUAACACAUUCAUCGUUCGGCUCAGAGUCCGAAAUCUACGUUCUUUAACUAUUGCCCGUCUCGUUAUACUGUACGUCUGUCUGUACCAUUGCAGUUUUUCCGUUCAACACAAAAACCAUCGCACCAUCCCAUUUUCAGAUUUUCAUUAUUUUUGUUUUUGUUUUUUUUUAAAUACAUAUAAGUGCUGAUGGGUGUGCAACUGUUUAACGUGUGAAAAUUGGGUACUUAAAGUUAUUUAAUUUUAAUCUCUAUGGACGAAAUAUGAUUCCGAGGGAAGUUCGGUUAGACAUGUUUCGAAAUGAUAUAAUUUUUUUUAUCACUUAGAACAAUUUAUAAUGAACUUCGUAUUAAAUUCGUAAGCGUUUCUGUCCGGCCAAACGAUUGUAACCACAUAAUAAUUACCAAUUUAUAAGUAAAAAAAACUCGAAAAUAUCGCAUUUACAAAUAAAUUUUUACCAACUAGAAUCGAAAUGCUAUUUCGUCAUUCAUUGAUUGGAGCAAGAUUUAUGUGGAAAAGUUUUUCAAAGACCCAAAAAAAUAGAGUAAAAUACAAAAUCGCACACAGCAUAAUAAAACCAAUACGUUCCUUGUCCCGCUAAGAGACUAAUAUUACCAUGCACUGUAGCUACUACUACACAAUACAAAACAUUACGCAUUUGGUUUUGUAUACUUAAAUUUAAAUUUUUCAGAGUCAGAGCAUAGCUGUACUACUAUGUGUGCUCUUUUAAUAAAAACUUGUUUAGCCUGUUAAUAAAUUUUGACUUUCUACCAGAAAUCUUGCUCCGGUCAUCAGUAUCAAGGACGGAUUCUGGCUAUAAAUAUUUUUUAUAAUUUCUGCGUUUGGAUGUCUUUUUGUUUUUAUAUUUAAGGUUUUUUUAGUAAAAUGAGGAAAAUAUAAAAUUCGUUUUUUUUUUUUUUACACUUUAUUGAAAUUUCCUGGUUUUUCAUUAGACGCAGAACAGAAUUAUGUAAUUCAUUUUUAUCAGGGCUUCAAAUUCAAAUUUGUUUGGAAAAAAAAGUGUGUAAGAAAGUCAAUUAUUAUUUGUUCAAGCUGUUUUCAUAAUAAUCAGAAACAACCGGAAGAAACGUAAAACAAAAACGUACGUUCACACCCACUUGCUGAAAUUGCGAUUGUCUAAAUUGCGGUUAACAGAGGAUUCAGAUCCAGUAUUAUUCAAUAUUGUUUUAACAAAAGCCAGCAACUUCGCACGUGGGUGGAUCACUGUUGUAAGUGAAAAGCUGGGAAGGUAGUAGAGGGGAAAUUUAAUGCAUAUUUGUAAGCAGCGAUAAACCAUAUUGCUAACGAAAAAGCGAUUCUGAGCGGUGAAUUUAGUUGAUAGUGUUACUUCGUCAACAAUAUUAUGUAUAUGUCAUAUUAUAGUAAAAUAAUAACAUAGGCAUUACUGUAUGUUUUCUUUAAUAAUAAUUGUUUAAUAUUGUACCUAUAAUUCCAUUUUUCCUAAGUUUUUCCAUUUUUUUCUCCGUACUUCAUAUUUAUUGAGAAAAUCUUUCUAAAACCAUUCGCUCAACUCAAAAUCUAAAAACGAACUACUUUACGGCGUCAAUGAUUUUAUCAUUUUCGAUUUUGUUUUUAUUUGGUAGGUAUUAUGUGAUUCAAAUUGUUUUAAUAAGAAAUUCAUUACAAGUUUAAUUUAGUGCUAAAAAAAAAAACAGGUCACUGGUGUAGGUGAGAAGUUGGGAAGGUAGGAUACAUAUAUAUUUAUAUCUAUAAGCAACGAUAAACCAUUGUUUGACAAAAGAAGAUUCCGAGCACUGUUCGGUAAUACAUAAUUUUUGCGAUUUUCGUUUAAAUUUGAUUUCAAAACGCUUAUUAAAAAAAAAGACGUCCGAUGAUUUGGGAAAUUUUACCACGUCUAGGUAAGUCCAAUAUAAGUAUUAUUACCAAGUUUCAAGUCUCUACGUGUGUUCGUAACCGAAUUACAGCAAAAAACUCCCGAAAAUUUAAAUUCCUUAACAGCUCAAACGUGGCUCAAAAUUUUUGGCGAUGAUACCGUAAGAAAAUAAAUCUAAAAGAAAACAAAAAAGGUAUCUUGUGAUCUUUCGAUUAAAUCAUUGUUUCUGGUAGAAAACGUCGUCUGUAUUUUUAUAAAAUAACAAAAUCGUGAAAUUGUACGUUUUCCCAAAGCACAAAGUGCUUUUAUUUAAAAAAUAGCGUCAGAAAUCAAAAAACGACUUCUCUGAUAGCUACACGUAAAAAUCGGAGCAAGUUGACUAGGAAAAAACGUGACUACAGACUAAAACAAAGAAAAAAUAUACAACAUUGUAAAACCAGUAGCUCCCUCGAUAUGCUCGGAAUUUAAAACUUGUAUAAUCGAACUUCGCUCAGAAGCGUUUUUCGUUAGCAAUGAUUGCGAAAAUUGCUUUCCUACAGAUACAACAUGUGCCCUACCUUACUAACUUCUCAUCUAAAACAGCGGCACCCCCAUCGGCAGUAUCCUGUCUUCUUUUUCUGUCUUGUUUUUCUUUUUUUUUAAUUGCGGCAUCUCCUGAAUGAGGUCAGAAAAUACCAGAGUAUAAAAAAUCGGUACAAAUGAUCGAGAAUAUAUUUCGUUUAGGGGUGACAGCGCUUUAAGGAUUUUUACACCCCGGUGCUAAAAAACAUUCUUCCUUUCCCAUUUACAUUGAUACACCCAUAUUUAAAUAUAAUUUUUCAUUUUAUUCGCUUCCUGUGUACCCUUAAAAAAUUUCCACCUAAAAUCAUUUAAAUUUUACCACCCUCGGAAUUCCGCCUCUCCCAGUGGAUGUGGAGGGCCACUUUCGGCCCUCCCCGUCCACUAAAUACGUCACUGAUUAGUGGCACCGCGGUCGCAUCGGUGCAGUGAUAAUGCGUAUAGGGUUCGGUAAUAAGCUGGCAGCGCGCGUGGGAAAUCGCCGCUGGGUUCAGGGUUGAUGAUUCUCGCCCCUUGGCGGCCUUAACGUGGUUAUAAUGAUGGAGUUUCGAUCGUAAUAGUAUUAAUAAUAAUAAUAAUAAUAACAACAACAACAACAACAACAUCAACAAAACACUCGUAACAUAAUAAACACGAUUGAUGGUGUAAUAAUGAUAAUAAUAAUAAUAGUAAUGCUUAAUAAUAAUAAUAAAAAAAAAAAAAUCUAUACCGCGACCGUCAUCCUUUUUGUCGGUCGUAUUUUUUUUAAUUUUUUUUUUUUUUGGUACGGCGCACACACAGAUCCGACGACGCCGAAAAACCGGGGCCACUACCUCCUGUACUUCACGUUCUCCGAACAAACGGGCCAACACCGGAUCACCGAGGCGAUACUGUGGGUGUACAAGAAAAAGUCGGAACUCGUCAUCGACGACCCGGUGAUAAUAAUCGAGGUGUACAGAAUCAACCCGGUUACCUUGCACCAAACUAAGGUAUCAUACAUAAAGGUGAGCCGACGACGACGACGACGAUGAUCGUACUAUAUUAGGGGCUGCGCGGUCGUUGCGUGCGUAGCCGUGCGAAACAAACGUCGGGAAUUCGUUUCGUUCCGCGGAGGCGGAAUGGUACAGGUGUCUCUAGAGAAGCGGGUUCCUGUGGCCGGGGAAUGCGGUCUUUUCGAAAAUCGUGGAACGUCGUUUUUCGGGGAGGGAACCAGAAAAAAAAAAAAAAAAAUUUUUUUUAUUCUCGGACAAAGCGUGUAAACUAUAAUAUUAUUGUACCGUACGAGAUUUCUCAUAAUCAUCAGUGCGAUGGCAUUAUCUAUAUAACAUUGAUAGAAUCUUUCAAAAGACACAUCCGCGGAGAACGGCAUACUUCGUAUUUGAAAAAAAAAAGAAAAAAAAAGCCAUUAUGCUCGGUUAGUUUAAUACUAUUUCGAAUAUUUAACGACGGAGGUACGUGCGUUUUGAAUAUUCGUUUUUAUGAAUUAUCUUAAUAACAUUGUCUCGUUUCUAUCUAGAUAAUAAUACGUUUGUUAAUAUUCCCGACACUGCGCGUGGUAAUUAUGCGAAUUAUCAUUCGUCCGCCGAAAAAAAAACUUGACAAAAUGUACCUGCGUCGCGUAAAAUCGAUUAUACACAUUGUACAAUGUUUUACGAGACGGCACACCGAUUUCAAUAUCAGUUCCGCCACGUGUACGCAAAUUCGUGCGAUUGAGUAUUAAAAAUAAUAAUAGCUUUCCGUUUCUCCGAAGAAAAUUUCUGUCCGCCAUCGUAGUGUCGUUAAUUUCCGCGGUGUACCGUGAGUCGUACAAAAUCGAACGAUAAUGAUUUUACACGAAGAAUAGUGGUCGGCGCGUAGGCUAUAGCCGUCCCUCCCGCCCCUUCAGAUAUUGGAGAUUUUUUUUUUUUGAUUUUUUACGAACCCUGCGUAAUACGCGGGUAUAAUAAUCGCACAGUUUAUAUCGCGCACAUUUCCUCGCGAUUUUCGUGCCUACGCGCCUCGCGCGUCGCCCGUUUAGCAAUUUACUAUCCCGAAAAACUCGAUCGCAAAUUCGUUUCGAAUUCAUAACGCCCCGAAAACGAAUCCUAAUUGCACCGUCAUUGACGGUAGUUGCCCGCGUUGUAUUGCACACAUCAUCGUACAACAUCGUAAUAUCAUUAUUUGUACGCGUUUCGUAUAGUAUGGAAGACGGCAAUUUAUAAAAAAAAAAAAAAAAAAAAAAAAAAAAAACCCCAAAAAAAUCCCCUUUCGGUCGAUACUUUCCACUGAUUCCGGGCCGACGAGAAGUACAAUGUACAAGCAUACAGCAUACUAAAUAAUUAUAGUUAUUACGCGCUCGUUCCCGGACUAAGCGUUUAAAUUAUUAUUAUUAUUUUUUUAUUUUUUUUUUUUUUUUUUUUUUUUUUUUUUUCAACGCACACAAUAUUAUCCGAUAAUUUUUAGGUAAGCACCGGCGUUGUUGCGUACGCGAUCUACAAGAGUUAAGUACAAUACUUCGUUGUACCUGCCCAUGUAUAAUACGCCAACGUCAGUCGAUUUAUUCGUCGAAAAUUAGUGUAAAUGGGCACCACCUAUAGGAGAGUGCCCGGUGUUCACUGGUUCGAUUAAAUCGCGUAUCCGGUGGCGGCGCAAAGUAUUUUUACUUUGAUUCACCGAUUUAAUUAUCCAUCCACCCCAAUCAAACCCAACCCCGCCCUACCGUAAAUUCAUCAAAUUUUUGCGGUUUGAAAUUAUUCUAAUGACUUUUGUUCGGUAAAAACAUAAUAGUUUUCGUUAUAUUCCCGAACACCAAAGUACCCACAACUCGUCCGCCCGUUUUUUGGUGAAUCGCACGACGCAAAUAUAUACCUCCUACCCCCUUCGCGCCGCCGGCGCUCGUACCCAUCAAACUAUCGCUGUGAAUACGCAACGAGCACUGGACCACUCGGAUGGCGAACAAAUCGACGGCGUUUUGUUAAAAGGUCGUCUAUCAAAUUUCACUUGUUUUCAGGAAGCGAAAAAUACUGUUUUCCAAAAAGAUAUACAGCGAAACAGUUUUUAAUGAUUUUUAUCGUGGAAAGCAACAAAAUUACUCGCACCCAUAGUAUACCGUGUACACAAAGUAUACACGCAUUGAAUCUGGUUUACGACCUUUCACCGGUUUAUGCUCCUAAUUUUGUUGAUUUUUUUUUGAUACCGAAAAUGUAUUUUUCGAUUUUUAGUGGUAUACGACCGUUUUUAACAAAACACCAUCCGAAAUUAUCUCCAUUGCAUAGUGUAUUGAUUGCAAUGUUCAAUAUCGGAACUUAUCGCAGCUAAAAAUAAUCCGAAGUAUACGCAUGACUAUAUAGAUCGCAUACAAUACUUGUUUAAUCAGUACCGCCGACAUAUUCUCUGUUUUCUUUUCUUUUGGAUUCUGAGCGGAACGAGGAACGUAUUGAUUUUACAAUGAUGUUUACUUUAUUUUUAUUUUUUAUUUUUUCUGUGAACAACUUUACUUUUCUACCGGAAAUUCCGCUCCGAUUUUCAAGUGUAGACAUUUUUCUGGAAGGAAGUAUGUCAAAUCGUAAACAUUACGGCCUUUCAAAAAGUGUAUACGACAGAACCGCGCUCGGAAUCGUUUAGGGAUGCUAAUCAUUAGCAAAGAUUAAUCGUUGCGUACGGUAGAUACGCAUUCAAUUUCCCCUCUUCCUUCCCACCUUUCCAACUCCCCGACAGUGGCCCGCCCAUCGCGCAAAGUAUUGUCCCAAUUUUUUUUUAUUUUUUUUUUUUUUUGUUUCGUCGGGUCGCAUGCGACAAUAAAUUGUUAUUAUUAUAUCGUACCCGUAAACCGUUUACCAUUGCUGGGAGAGAUGAUCGAUGCGCGAACGACGUGACCCGGUGCAACUUUGGUUUUUCGAAAGCGAUUUUUUUCCCCCUUUUUUUCUUUUACGGAGCAUUAAACAAAUAAAUAUUGGAUUUUUUUAAAUUUUACUAUUAUUAUUAUUACGUUAUUUUUCGUUGGUUCGGGAACGCGGAGUAAAAUUUAAUGUUCCCGCAUAUUAUGUUACUGCACACCGCCGACCGGCCUUUGGGUUCUGAAUAUUAUCAAUUAUCGCCGACGGCGUACAUUAUAUUGUAGCUAUAGGUGUACACGCGGACGACUGCAGUCGUGCCCGGACCCGCCCGUAUUGUUAUAUUGUUACGUCGCACCUGGGCGUUUUUUUUUUUUUUUUUUUUUUUUUUUUUUUUUUUUUUUUUUUGUAUUCUAUUAUUAUUAUUAUUAUUAUUAUUAUUAUUUUUUUACACAUGUUCGCAGCGGGUGAUUAACACGACCGAACCGGGAUGGGUACCGAUUGACUUGCGCACUAAAAAAAUGGCUGACUGGUUCAGGGCUAAGGACGGGGCCAAGAACCUGACGCUAGCGGUCCACGCGUGUUACGUGAACAAUAACAUGACGCACGUCAAGACGCCUUACGUAACGGACGCCAGAAAACGCGACGAUAUGACCGAGGUACCUACGCCGAUUUGUUUGUCUUUGUUCGUUUAGCUCGACCAUACAAUAACGUGCGCUUGUCGCUUUAUUGGACGCCGACUGUCACAACAUUACGCGCUGUUACCGAUAUCCCGUCCGGGGCCGCGCAACACUGUCGUGCGCGAUUAGUUUUACCGCGCCCGUAAUUCACCGUCACGUGUAACGAGGAGCGCACCGUUUAAACAACGGUCGAUUAUCAAUUCGCCCGGCGCGUGUUUAGACGUGCUAAACGCUAAAAACGGGCUCGACAGUUAUUAUUGUAUUUACCGCGGUGAUUGUUGACGGUGAUUUAUGCGUAACGUGCGAUGCGAGCGACACGACUACUGGUGUUCAAAUGCUCGACGGCGGUAAACGGCAAACGCUAUCGGUGAUUUCGCGACUUACGGUUUACGGCCCCGCGGCGGACGCGUGAAGCCCACUCCCGCUCGCGCUUUAAAACGAUUCUGGCAGCGCGCCCGGUUACGUUGGUUUCGUUCGUCGGACGUUCGUAAAACAUGUAAAACAGAACGAAAUUGCUCAUACCACCACCCCCGUACACAUAAUUUUAGCGCAUAAGGCACGCGGCAGACCCCGUGCAGUUCGAUUGGACGCCGUCAGGAAAUCGCCGUUCGAAAUUCCGAAUAGAAUAUCGGAAAGACGUUUUAGUGCCGAAUAUUUCCCGGUCCGUCCCGAGGGCGGAAAAUCGCGAACGACGACGGGCGUUGCGGUCGGGGUACUGUAGGGGAAACGGGAGAGGUCGACGGGAAAAGACAAUAAUAGCCAUACGGCUAUCCCCCUCCCACGGAGUACGCCGUACAGCGUGACAACACUGUUAUGAAUUACGAUAUUACGGCGUCGGACACGACACGCGAACUGUUUUGUGAUACAUAAAUGUGAUCCGCGUGGCUCGCGUGUAUCGGAAAACCGAGCAAUUCGAUUCGCUGUACUCUCCGCAUUAAACCGUUAUUAUCCGGGUGCACGCGCAACGGGGUCUCGUCGAUCCGAAUCGGGGAGAGAAGUCGUGUUCGGGUUACCUAUAAGAAAUUUAAAAAAAAAAAAAAAACAAAACUUUCUACUCAUCCCGUAAUUUUAACGCCGAACGCUGACGCGGGACCGUUUUAUGAAAUCGAUUUCAAAUACACAGUGUGAAACGAACACUGCGUUAUGACGCACAACCGUCGAACGCAAUCGACGCGUUUGCAAUCGUAUUAAAACGACGCGUGCGACACGAUAGCAUUUAUUUCAAAAAUAUCCGUUUGAAAUCGGAUUUACUAGAAAUAUAGUCACGAAUAAAAUGUCCGUCGGGUAAAUUGUUUUUUUUUUUUUUUUACUGGGCGAUUUAAACAAUAUUUAGGAAACAACGACAAUGCCGAAUGAAUUCAGAGAACUUGUUUCCGCGCAAGCUGCCAAUAAAUGAACGGCUUCUCUGUCGUUGGUUUUACGUUUGUCGAGUACUGCGAAAUAUCGAGGCGUCUAAAUGUCUGAUCGAGUCCUUUUCUUUUUGAGACGAUCAUUGGGUUAGAGAAUUAUCGCUGCCUGUCACUUCUGCUUUUUCCGAACUUGAUGUAAAAUUAAAUGUAACUGAAAUUUAAAUUCGAAGAACAUACAUCUGAAAUUAGAUUAAAAAAAGAAAAUCCCAAAUUCAACUUUGUCAAACAUAUUUUAGAAAGUAUCCACAGCAUCACAUUGAUAAAAUAACAUUGAAAAAGAUUUAUCAAUAAUAUGCACACAAAAUAACAAAUAUUUAAAUUCAGUACUAGAAAGUUAUCGCAUUCAUAAUGAAAUAAAAAAUAAUAAUUUCAAUAAUUUAUUAAAUGUUCAAAUAGAUUUAAAAAAUUAUAUUUUAUUUUUUUAUCAACAUAAACUUAAAGAUGAUAAUAACUUUGAUACUGUUAUCUAAUCAAAUUUCUCUGCUAUCAUUGUUUUGUUAUAAAAUUAUGUACAAACUAGUUUGAUAUUAUAAUGAUUAUGUUUAUUUUUGUUUUAAAAUUAAUACUGUUCCAUUUUUUAAAUUGUUUUAUAUAAACCAUUAUACAACAUUUUUUAUCAGUAAUCUGAUGAUGGCGUAAGCUGAAACUAAGUAGUUGCGCAAAUAAAACGUAUUAACACUAAAUGUCAAUAUGUUUUUUAAACAAACUUUUUUUUACAUAUAAUUAAAUAAAAGUGUCAAAAAAUCUCAAAUAUACAUGAAAUUUAAAAUUAAACAAUACGUUAAAUAUCGUAAAAUAUAAAUCUUUAAUUUUACUUACCUAUGUUUCAUUUCGACGAAAAUGGUUCGUUUUGUUUGUGUAUAACUCUUGAUAAUAUGUUUGUUUUUAAAUUCCAGCUCUACCCAGCAUACAUCCACGACUGUGAUUGCGAAAUCAAAAAUUCUUUAUCCUUAUUAAAUUUUAUCGCGUUUAAGGCAAACGCAUAUGCGAUAUCUAAACUAAAUAUAUAUAAUAUAUAUAUAUAUAUAUAUAUAACUAAAUCGUUCAUACUCUCUUCAAAAUAUGUUCUCUCUGUCCAGAAAACUCAUUUUUUCUUGUUUUACUUUUAUCGAGAUUUCAUAAUCAUCCAUCUACUUUAGAUUCAGAGCGUAGCAUAGCCAGGGAUCUAUUGGUUUUAUUAUGAUGUGUGUAUAUUUUUUGUUUUGUGGCCAUAUUUUCUACAAUUUUAUCUUGUUGGUACAAUGGGGAGGUCAUUUUUUGAUUUUCCAAGGGGUAUUCAAAGUAAUCGGGAAAAUCGGGAAAAAUUUAGGGCACCGUGACGUUACCGAUUUCGUUUACGAUAAUUUUUACCUACCAGAAAUAUUGCUUUAAUAGAAAAAUGCAAAGUGACCUUUUUUUUUUUUUAAGAAUUUGUAAAACCGUAAAUAUUACGGUCUUUUUAAAUAUGAAUAACCAAACUUCACUCUUAAUCGUUUUUCGUUAGCAAUGGUUUAUCGUUGCUUACAGAUAUAUUUAAUAUAUAUUUGUAUAUUUAUUAAAUAACUUAAAAUAGAUCCGACCUUCCCAACUUUCUACCUAUAACAGUGGCCAGUGGCGUAGUCAGGAUUAUUUAAUGGGAGGGGGAGGUGUUGAAGUAUGAAUUAUACUAUAGUUGAUUCCGCUUAAUGUCAACACGUUGGGACCAGUUACAAUUUCCCACAUUAAGCGGUUGCCCAUUUUAACCGAAAUGAGCAUCGUUACACAUGAUAAUCGGGACAGGACCGUUAUGCCCAUAUUAGGCGGGUGCCCGUAUUAACCAGAAGUCACAUUAAGCGGAAUCCACUGUAUUAGUUUUUUACGGUUUUAGAUUAUGUGUGGAGCGAGGAAUGUAUUGGUUUUACAAUGACGUUUAUUUAUUAUUUUUUUAAUAAAUGGGAAAAACCCAGAAAAAACACGGGGAAAACGGGAAAAUAUACUAAUAAUACAUAUUUAAUUAUUUUACCAUAAUAUAACAUAUAUAUAUAUAUAUUGUUGACAAAGCAAAAUUAUUAACCGAACUCUGCUCAGAAUCGUUUUUUCGUUAGUAAUGGAUUAUCGUUCCUUACAGAUUUACAUUAAAUUUCUCCUCUAUUACCCUCCCAACUUCUCAAAAUGUAACAGUGAUUGCGCCCGUCUCCAGUCUCCAUUAUCCCAGGACAGCUUCUUUUUUGUUUUUUUUUUUUUUUGGUCAAUGUUUAGGUAUUCUUAUUGAGAAAUUCAAGAACCAGGUUUAAUGGUGUAAAUAGAAAAAAUAAAAAUAAUCAAUUGAUAGGUAUACAUAUACUACAAUAUGAAUCUUAAAGUAUUUUACUGUUAAUUUACAACAAACAUAUUUUUCAUGUUUCACUGGUAAUUGACUCUAAACGUCUUCCGGCCAUGUUAUUAUUUCCCAGAAAACAGUCACUUUUAUGAAUAUAAACACACGAAUGUAUCGAAUAUCGUGAUUAAUAUUGUAAUCAGUCGUUACUCGGUAGAAUAGUAAUAAACCACAAUCCACGGUUUGUUAAAAAAUCGUGAUAAAUGAUUUUAAUAAUUAUAAUAUAAUAUAAUAAUAAUCUAUUUGGUCUCUGGACGAGUUUUAGAAGUGUUUUGUUCAACCAAUUUACUAAUGAUAACGUGCUCAUAAUAAAGAUAAAUAAUAAUUUAUUUUAACCCGUUAUCCGUUAUUAUCACGACUUAAGAUACACGAUUUAAGUAUAUCUUAAACCGCGGUUAUUAUACAUUUUCUAAUAGUAUGACCAUGAAUAUUAGAGAUAUCCCAAGCUAUUUUUUACAAUAGAAUUAACGAAGUAUACAAUAAUAUGAAUACAUUUAUUCGGUUAAAACAUGUGAAAAAACCAAAGGGGGGGGGGGUUUAAACAUCCAAAACCCCCCUGGAUACACCACUGACAGUGGCGCAUCCGUCUUCAGUAUCAGGUCUUUUUUUUUAAAUUUUCUCAACCAAUGGCAUCGGUCUCGUGUUGGUAAUCGUGCUUUUCGCAAAAAGAUUAAACAUUUAUCAAUAACCAAUGAAAUAUGUUCUCAAAGUUAAAUCAACCAUUCUUAUAUUAAAAAAAUUGAAACACUCGAAACAUUUUUUUUUUUUUUUUUUUACAGUAAUAUUAGUUCAGUACCGAGUAUUUAAGUUUUCAGAACACCAAUUAAAAAUAUUUUUUGACGAAGUAUCAUUUUACUAUUUAUAUGGACAGGGCGAUGAACGCGCACUCACUAUAAAAUUAUGAAACGAGAUAUAAUUCGAGAAUCAUAAAACGUACGCAAUAUAUAAAUAAAGAUUAUAUUUAAAACACAUGUGUGUCCGGUACGUAUAAUCGAUUUUUUUAUGGCGAUAACAUUAAUCUACCGUCCGAUUGUAUUACGAAAAAAUAAACUUAUAAGUUAAGUUACCAAAUAAAUUCAACCGCACUUCAUAAUAUGCGGACACUUUGUUACGGAUUUAUUCAGCCUAUAAUAUCAUCCACUGUAACCACACAACGGUAAAUCAUAUCAAAUUUCCACUUAUACAUUGCGGGGAAAUUAAAUUUAAAAACAAAUUUAUGUAGGCUAUUUUAUCAUAUGUUCAUUUCACUCGUUAAAUAUAUUGAAAUUACUAUAAAAUAGCCACUUUUUGAAAUAAAUGAUUUUUUUUCAGAAAAUUAUAAACCAGAAUCUAAAUCAAAACAUUUUUUAUAGAUAAUUUUAUAUUUUAUGAUUAAAAUCAUGUUCAUUUUAUAAAAAUGUUAUCUAAUUUAAUUUUAAAAAAAAUUCGAAAAAUGGCCUAACUACACAGUGGUAAUUUAUCAACCCUUUGAAAGAGUUGAGCUAUCAUCACCGAAUUCCACCGAAAUUUCUCUGCUAUACCAAUGACCAAAAUGAGAGGAUGCUCGAUUAAAAAUUUAAAAGUAAAAAAAAAAUAAGAAUCAUACACAAAAUAUACACCUAUAAUAUACUCGUAAUAUUUAAUACUCAUAAUACAUUAUUGUUUUCUUAAGUGAAUAUAGUUGGCAACUGUAGGUUGGUAGUUAGAAAGGUAGACUAUACAGUGUAAUUCAUAGAUGAAAUACUGUAUACAACGUCACAAUGAUAAAUCGUUGCAAACGAAAAACGAUUCUGGGCGGAAUAGUAUAAGUAGUUUUUCCCUUUGUAGCAAACGGUAUCCAGAAAUCAACAAAUAUCAAAAAAGAAAGACCUAAAGGAUGAAUUACUAAGAAUGUUGAUAAAUGUUUCCAAUAAUAACUGAUUAGAAAUUCCACAAUUUUUGAAGUACUGAGUGAAUAUAAAUUGUCGUUAACGAAAAACGAUUAUGAGUCAAGUUCAGUUAUAUACGUUUUGAUUUCCGUAAAUUUUACGAUUAAUGUCAAAAAAACUGCUGCAUUAUGUCCAACUUGUUUUACCUUCCAUUAAGGAAAAACUUAUAAUGAACGUCGUAUUAAAUUUCUAAGUAUUUAUUUUUGUUCAAAAAUUGUAUUGAACAUUAAACAAAAUAAAAACUUUUAAUAAUUUCAAAUGCCUAUAAAUAGUUCAAAAAUCGUCAAUAUAAGAAAACUAAUAUUAUCAUUUUUGAUUUUUUUUGGAUUUUCUGGUGAAAAUAUUUCAAAAGUCUUGAAAAGUCUAAUAGACGUGUUCUGUGCACACUUUAGGUCUAUACGAUUAGUUUUAACCGAAUAACAAGAAAAAAAAAGACAAAAUCGAAAAUGACGAAACUGUAUCCGUUUUUCUCGAUCAGUCGCCAAGGGUAAUACACCCGGAAAAUCGAAAAAACGACCGUCCGGUGCGUCAGCAGCUGCAAGAGUGAACUGUGUGCGUUGUUACGAAAAAAGGCUUCCGGUUGAAAUGUCGCUGCUAACGGAUAGAAAGCGAAAAAUUCGCACGCGUCGUGGUGCGGGCUCAGAACGUUAAAGAUGAAAACCAAAAACAAAAAAAAAAACAACAACACAAAAUCCUAUUCGGGAGACACCCUAAUAACGUAACAAUAGUAUAAAACAGUGUGUAAUAACAUAAUAUAAAACGUGAAUAAAUUGUAUGGGUAUUAUAGUGCGAGCGGUGCCUCUGUAUACGGAAGAUUAUAAUAUUAAUAUUAUUAUUAUUAUUAUUAUUAUAUAGAGGCAGUCGAGGCGUUUCACGUCACAGCGUCUGGCUCUCUCUUUCCCGUCACGCAGCAACAGCGCGCGCGGCUCCGCCGUCGUACAAAAUAAUAAUAAUAAUAAAAAAAUCGUAUUAUAUCGUUCGUUUCUCCGGCACAUCGCCCUCCCCUCUCUCUGUCUGUCGCGCAACCGUGUCGCUCACGAUUUUUUUCGUUUUUUUUUUGUAAAGUCUCGCCGCCCGUUAUACCGUCAUCGCCGCGCGGCGACCGCGGCGGCACCUCUAUACCCGCAAUACCGUCGCUACAAAAACACCGUCACUACAACAACAGCACCCGCGCAACGAACGCGUAUAAUAGGUAGUAAAAAAAAAAAAAAAAUUAUAAAAACACGCUCGUCUCCGCACCCUUUAGUCUAAUCCGAUUGGUCCGCAAUGUUAUUCUUGGGCCCCCCCCCCCUCAGAACUCGUUGAAUGGCGCGCGCGAGCGUGUGGCGAAACGCAUGGCGUCGGGGCCGACAAGAGACGACCGUCCGCGCGGGAGUCCCGGUGCCGCAGUGGUCGCGGCCUUUUCGCGGAUUUCGGCCGGGCUAACCGGGCCGUCUCGUCCGGAUUGCGCGGGGCCGACCAAAAUAUGUCGCGGCUAUCGGCUAUAACAAUGUAAAAGGCUGUUUUACGAUUUCGGGUUUUCGCCGUGCGGUCGAAACCGCGGUAUAAUGGCAAAACACCGCGUGCGUUAUCGCACCUCGUCCGGCCGCCGCACGGUGGCAGUAAACGGCCGGCUAUACGCGGCAGAUGACCGGGGAAAGAAAAACCCGCCGACCAUCGAAAUGAACACACGAUUAAUGAUAAUCUCGAUGACGUUUUCAAUGACGGUUUCAAACAAUAUACUAGGACGGGGUGAUAAAAAAAAAAAAAAAAAAAAAACCUUCGAUUUUUAUUGUAACCGUGUGACGGCGUUCGUUCCGUGCAAACACAUUAAGUGUUUAUAAUUUGAAUUUCGAUUUUGAAGCUGUCAAAAUACGUACCCGAUUGGUUCGUUUCAUUUCCUUUGGUACGGAUAGUAUUUUUUCCGGUUACGCCCGUAUUAUAAAGGGAUAGCUUGACGGGGAGCGUCUUCUGGAAACGGGACAAAAUGCGUUCCGUUUUAAGUUCACCGGGACAAAGUGACGUUACGCUCAAAAAUUGAAAAACCGCUGUUUACAAUGGAUCAUAAUAACAUACGUAAUCAAUGACGGCGAGACGGUUUUUUUUUUUUUUUCUAUGUACAAGCAGUUUCAGUAGAAUAUAGCAAAUCACCUCGUAUACGAUAAUUGAAGCCCAGAAGAAUUACCGGGACCCGUAAAUAGACGUUCUUGUACGGCCGCACUUCUCCUUUUGCGUGCACUUAUUAUCUGUUAAUAAAGUACCACCCAUACACACCCACUCACUCGUAUAAUUUGGCCAUGAAGCAACUGCAUCAUAGGAUACCCAUUCGCGCCACUUUUCAAGUUUACGCAUACCGUUCUAGCGGGCACGUAUCCGGAACCUUGUCAGGCGAGAGGAAUGCGAUUGAUUUCUUUUUACGAAUUGUCCAACAUGCGUCCUUAAUAUGUACAGAGUAUCCCAUUUUACAUGUAUCACUAAAUAUCUCAGCCCGAUGACCUUUAGAUUGAAAUUCGGUUUCCUUGAUACUUCCUUGUAAGUACGGUACUCUCUAUGCCGAAAUGCACAUCUUAACACGAAUUUAAAAUGCUAAAUCCUUUCGACGUCCGUAUCCGCAAUAGUACCAAUAACCUACUCGUACAUGUUUUUAAAACCAGAUACGAAUAUUCCUGUAGUUCAAGCAACUUUGAUCAGUACAUUUUUGUUGUUUAAACGCAUUGGUUUUUUCUUCAAUACGUUUUAGAUUUUGAGUGGAGCAAAGUAUUAUAUUGAUGUUUAUUUGUACUAUUAUUAUUUUUCAUCCGUGAACAACAUUUCUACUAGACAUUUUUCUCUGGUUUUCAAUUAUAACACUUUUUCUGAAAGGAAAUCUGACUGGGGCGGUACUUUAGAGAAUAACCAUAUAAACAUAGGUACACAACCUAACUAAAUAUUAUUAAAGAUAACGUAUAAUACAUAUGUAAUUAAUAAUAAUUAUUGUACGAUAAUAUUAACAUUUAUAUAUUGUUGAAAAAGCAACACUAUUAAACGAACUCCGCUCACAGUCUUUUUUCGUUAUCAACGGUUAGUCUUUGCGUCCAGACGUGCAUUCAAUUUUCCCUCUACCUUCUCAACUUCUCGCCUACAAAUAGUGGCCUAUCCAUCAUGCGAAGUAGGUCCGUAAAAAUCUGUUUUAAUUUUGUGUAUCCGUUAGCAGAUUUUCUAUUAGAAAUCUUACUCCAAUAAAAAAAAAAAAAGACAAAAUAGUAUUUUAAAUAUUAUUGAUACAUUAAGACUUUCCGAACAGUUUUCAUAAUAAUUUGGAAAAAAACGUAAAAGAAUAACAAACAUAUUUGCGGCGUUAACGAUUUCAUUAUUUAUUUUGUCUAGUUGAUGUGUAAGAAAAUUAUUUUAUUAUUUUUUCGUGAAAUUUUCUUAAUGAUCGGAAAAAACCGGAAAAAAGUUGGGAUACACAGAAAAGUUUACGGCAUUAGCGGUUUUAUUAUUAUUAUUUUUUGUUUUAGUAAUCAAAUUCCACAGAAUACUCACAGUAGUAUUUUCUAGACGUGAUAAAAUGUCAAAAAAAUUUUGGCGAUUUCCAAGUUUCUUUUUGUUUUAUUUUUAUUUGAUUAGUAUUAGACAAAAUAAUUUGAUCAAACAGGAAUGCUUAGAACUUAACACGGCGCUCAUUUAAAGUUGUGUUAAGUGGUAAAAAAAUAAUUUGAGCACAACGAAGUAAUUUUUUUUUUUUAUACGCGAUUUAAGAGCAAAUUCCGAUAUUAAUGCACGUGGUUUUAGCAGUGCAGUUUUCAGUGAAUAUUUCGCUACAUUGUCUGUUACUUGGUUGCGAUACGGCCAAAAGGUUGUUUUUUUAAUGUACAGUAAUGUUCCACUAGUAUACAAAGACUGUAAAUGUACUCGUAGUUUUUUAUUGUUUGCUGAUUCUGGUAACCCAGUUGUCCAAAAGUGUACUCGGUUAUUAGAUGACCGCUAUAAAACAAUAUCACCAAAACUGUUUGUUCGCUAAACUAGUAACCAGGUUGUUCAAAACUUCAUCGGCAAAACACGGCUGUAUUGUAAAUAAACGCGAUCCUGGUUGAUUUUCAAUAUAUUAACAUUCAAUAAAGAGUUUUUGUAAAAAAAAAAUAUCCUUUUGACCAGCAGCUAAUAUUAUUAACCGUAUUAUUAUUAAAACAUUACGUGUUAUACACAACCCUAUGCGCUAAUGCAAUAACGCGUUAAUGUGCUGACGUGCUGCACACACGAUUUAAGUUUAUAUUACCGACUAUUGUGAUUAUACGUGGACGCGUGUUUUUCAACGAGACCAGUGUAAUAUAGUCCAUAUAUUAAGUAUAAUACAGUACUUAAUAUGUGGAAAUUACGAAAAAAUACUCAAAGUUAAAUUGAAAAAAAUAUUUAGUUACAUAUAUUUAGGAGUAUAUAUCGGUAUCUUUUUAUAAUUUUUUUUGUUUUUUUUUUUAUCAAAUUCACGGUUUGUAUUCCCACUGUUUGCCUUUCGUGAUUAUGACCCGCGUCACUGUGCCCAUCAUACAAAUUGCAGAAACGACGACGUGAACACGACCCGACUGACGGACACUUAUUAUAUUUCUUUUACUUUUCGGCGGAUGAUAAUUAUAUUGUGCUCCUGAUGACGAUGAGGUUAUAGCAUAAUAUUAUAAAUGUACAACAACAAUGUCCUCGGCAGUGUUGUGUAGAGAAUGUCCAGAUAAAGAUAAUCAACCGGCAACCGAUUUUUUUUUUUAUCUAGGUGAAAGAUUAUUUUUUUUUUUUUUCGAUUAUACCAAUCGUUAAACUAAGUGUAUCGGAUUCGGUACUUGUAUAGAUUGCAAAAAUGUCAAUAUCGAUUUAUGUAGAUGAAUGAUGAUAAUUCAGCUACGUCAAUUCAUUUAUUAACCGGUACACUCGUAUUGUAAAUUAAAUACAGCGCUUAUAUUUGUUUAACGAAUUUAUAAUCAAUUACGAUUUAAAAAGAUUUAUCUAAAUCAGUGGCGACCGACUACGGCCCGCAAUCGUUUAUUAAUCGGCCCACAAAAGUAUCAAAUCAAAAUUGAUAAAAAAAAAAAACGUCAAAUUUCAAAAAUUAACACUCACACUAAAAAAAAAAUAUGUUUAUAAUUUACAUUUUUUUAAAUAUAUAUAACUGUAACUACGUUAAAAUGUGCCUACAAUAAAGUUUAAAACCUAUUCUGUUAACUUAAAAAUAAUUAAUGUUUACAGUCUUGGUCCGCCAAGAAUUAUUGUUUUUUUCGUAUGUAAAAAAAAAUGUUUGAUCACCGCUAAUCUAGAUAGAUGUAUUAUUUAGACGAGCCGAUUGUUUGAUAACGGCUCAGAUAACUCGGACAGCUUACUCCCCAUUCAUCCGGGAUACGAUAAAAACAAUAUAAUAUCUGUGUGUCCGUACAGUUGAAACACGACACUCGUGUCCUCGAUAUAGUAUCCGUGUUAUCGCCUGGUAAAAUCGUCUUCUCUGUCCAACUCGAGAAUUUAAAAGCCAGAUCGUAAAAAACAAAAAAAGCGAACUUCCAAUCGACACAUCAGCUUUCCCCCGCAACUCGGAUGAAAUUCACGCAUUUCCAUAUUAGACGACUCAUAUUAUUUUUGUAUUUUUAAACCAACGGGGGUGGGCGGUACAGCCCCAAUUAUCUCCCGCCCCCUGCGCACACCGCUGACCGUAUACGCUUUUGCGUAACGGUAUUACAAUAGUGUACGGUUCCGCCAUAAAAAAAAAAAAAAAAUAUCAAAAAUUCAAUAUACGCAAUACCGUAACAUUGAAAAAUACCUAAUAUCCGGCGCGCGCGUGCGCGCGCGUUUGUGUUUUGCGCAGAUCCCGUACCUGGAGGUGCACACGGAGGACGCCCGGCGGUCGCGGUCCAAGCGCAACGUGUUGGGAUUGGACUGCAACGAGAACUCCAAGGAGCCGAUGUGCUGCCGGUACCCGCUGGAGGUCGACUUCGAAGCGUUCGGCUGGGACUGGAUAAUCGCGCCCAAACGGUACGAGGCCAACUACUGCUCGGGCGAGUGUCCGAUGGUGUUCCUGCAGCGGUACCCGCACACGUACCUCACCCAGAUGGUGAACCAAUUGGACAACAAGACGGCCGCGUACUCGGGCACGGGGCCGUGCUGCUCGCCGCGCAAGCUGUCCGCCAUAUCCAUGCUGUACUUCGACCAGGACUACAACAUCGUGUACGGCGUGCUGCCCGGCAUGGUGGUCGACAGGUGCGGAUGCAUGUAA